UUCAUUUCUAUUACAAGUUUCCACACUGACUCCUUCCUGAAGUUAUUACAGUCUCCAAAGAAAAGAACAGAAAGAAAUCUUUCAUGAGCAUAGACUACUCUUGGGAGGUACAGAAAUCAUUAGCCAGUUAAUUUCAAAUAUCAAGAGAAGGAACAAAUGACCUCAAGAAGAUUCUUCCAUCUCUUGAGGUAACAGACUUUUCUAAACCUGCCUUGACUUCUUCUUAGGAACUUCCUCAAACAAGAUUCUAUCCAUCUUGCUUUUCACUAUGUCCACUAUCAAUGUGACCAAUUAUGAUGACUUGAACUUCCUCCUGAUUGGUAUUCCAGGACUAGAGCAUGUCCACAUCUGGAUCUCUAUCCCAUUUUCCUCCGUGUAUAUUGUUGCCAUUCUGGGCAAUUGCACCAUUCUCUUCUUUAUUAAGACUGAAGGCAGUCUUCAUGAGCCCAUGUACUACUUCCUCUCCAUGCUGUCAGUCUCAGACUUGGGCUUGUCCCUCUCUUCCUUACCCACUACAAUGGGAAUAUUAUUGUUUGAUGUCCAAGAGAUUCAUGCCACUGCCUGCUUCACACAAGAGUUCUUCAUCCACCUGUUCACAGUCACUGAGGCAUCAGUACUUUCUGUCAUGGCUUUUGACCGCUACGUGGCCAUCCGCAACCCUCUGAGAUACAGCACCAUCUUGACCGGUUCCCGUGUGGCCAAGAUAGGAUUUGUGCUGGCUGCUAAGAACAUUCUCUUGAUACUCCCACUGCCAUUCCUUUUGAGACGGCUUAAAUUCUGUCAGAAGACUCAUCUCUCCCACUCUUACUGUCUCCACCAGGAUGUCAUGAAACUGGCUUGCUCCAACAACAGAGUGAACAUCAUCUAUGGUCUCUGUGCUGCCCUCUCCACCAUGCUUGACUUGGUCUUUAUCACUUUCUCUUACAUCAUGAUCCUAAAGACAGUGCUAGGUAUUGCAGCCCCCAAAGAGCAGCUCAAGGCUCUCAACACCUGCAUCUCCCACAUCUCUGCUGUUCUCAUCUUCUACGUGCCCAUGCUGAGUGCAGCAAUGCUCCACCGCUUUGCCCGGCAUGUCUCUCCCUUGAUCCACAUCCUGAUGGCUGAUAUUUUCCUAUUAGUGCCACCUCUCAUGAACCCCAUUGUGUACUGUGUGAAAACCAGGCAGAUCCGAGAGAAGAUCCUGGAGAAGAUGGGUCUGAAGAGGAGAUGAAUAAAAAGAACUGGUAGGCAACUUAGCUCAGAGAACAAAAGGUUAAAGAGAAUGUUGAAAAGAAGUUUCCUAUCUGUAAAAGUUCAUUAUUAAUCCUUAUUCACUGAAGAAGUAAAUAAUAAAAUUAAGAAGAUGGGUCA